UCUCAAACUCGGUUAUUUACACUAAAUCACAUGACCUCUAAUCCGGGCUACCAUAUGGAUAAGGCUGCCUCGGCUGUACGUCGGGGAUCUGUGAGACUGUCAUCUCUUGGUUCCGGACACAGCGAGUUGAAACUUGUCAUCUCCGAGAGCAAGAACGUCAAGAAAAGCUGGAAGAAUGUGGCAAGAGCUCAACAGGGAGCUUCAUCGUAUCUAUCAAAAUGGGCAGAGAGUGAAGAGAACGUAGCCAUCCAAGAUGUCAUAUCACACAUAACAGAGCUGCACAGCAGCUGGACUGACAUACAGAAAGAUCUCAUCUGCGGCAUUAAGAAGAACGCGAUUGUGUAUGAAAGAAUUCUUGAUGCUGAGAAGGCUCUCGAUCAAGCAAAGAAAUACGUGGAGUCAUGUCAGGCAAAAGAGAAGAAAAUCAAGAAGGAAAUAGAGAGACUGGAGAAGAAAGGAGAGGACAGCAGCAGUCAGCAAAUGAAACUGGAGAAAGCAAAUCAGGCGGCUGAACUAGCUGUAGUCGAAUUGGAAGGUUGUCAUCGAGAAACAGAGGCAGCAAAAGCGUCUCUAUUGCGCACAGCUCUUUCUGAAUAUGCAGAAAGCUUUCAAAGGAUGGCAGCACAGUGUGGGAUUGUGUUUGCAGCCCAACAGAAACUGGCUGAUCUCAUUCCCAAGUUUCAUGCUCGAGAUUUGUCUGUUCCUCAAUAUGAAGGUUCAUCACAAGCAUCAUUAAUUGUACGAGAUGCUCACUUCCAACUAAGAACCGGAGCCUUUCCUUUUGAGUCGUCGACUUCAUUCACUGAAGAGAAAGAACCUCUUCCUCCAUCAUAUUCAUCGGUUCAUCCAGAUGAGAAAUUGGAACACGGUCACGUGGUUGCUGAAGAUAUGCAAGUUGAUAUUGGGUGGGGAUCGGAUGAAUUCGAUGACUGAAGUAAGAGUAAGGAUAGUCACUAAGGACUAAGGUACGUGUGUACGUAGUGGCAGCUGCAGACCGUGGGCGUGUUCUUUGGCAGGUAAAAAGCUGUUGUUGCUGGACAAUAAGCAUUAAACUUUAUUUGUAAUUAGUGUUAAUCAAUUAUGUAAAUUAUAAAUUUGUAUGUUGAUUGUUA